AUGUCGCAUCCGUACAAAGCCUUUAUGGCGGAACAACAUGGCAACGGCACCGGCAAUGGCAACGGCGCCGACCACCCUCUCUCGGUCCAGGCAAAUAGAGAACGCAGAAUCCACUUGUCUCCCGUUGAAGAGCACUAUUUGAAAAAGUCGUUGAUCAAAAACGAGCUCAUCUCGGAGGUGAACUCUCUAUCUCCGGACUACUCUGAUAUCUCAGGUUUACGUCGGUUCGGACCUCCUUUUGUUCCCGCAGACCCCCAAAACUUUUUAAGAAAUCCUGACAGCUCGACCUUGGACCAGAUCUACGCCAUUUCUGAGGCAAACAUCGACAUUUUCAGAAAUCAAUUCCCUCUUUUGAGGUUUAUCUUUGACAACUAUUUUGCAACGUUUCCCUUCAUCAAGAUCCACUUGGAUAAACUCGGACCCUCACUAAGGAACCAGUCAAAGUUCUGGCUAAAAAUACAGGUCUUGUUUGAGCUGUUCAAAGGAAAGAAAAUCAGCAAUAGUAAUGACCGUGGCACGACGAGUAAAAGAAAGCUACUACUUUACAAGUUUCAGAAUCUUUUCAUGAUACUUUUCAACUCAUCGAUAUACUGUUCCCAGGACCCUCAGUAUUUUGAAAUGGAUAAGGAAAGAAGGGGAGCUUACAAGAAGUUAGGGAAGUUUAUUGAUACUGCCGAGUCUGAGAGCAUGGAGAAGGAUGAGAAGAAAAAAGAAGAGGCUCUUAGCCAGCUUGAAUCUGAUCGUAAGGAAGGUUCAUACCUUCUCGAUAUGAACAUAUCUCCUGCUAACCUAUUGAAGCACCUUGAUGAUAUUGACGACGAUGAAUAUAUCAACGGAUGGUACGUGAAUAUUGUUGGCGUCUCGAUAGAAUCCGAAACAAAGUCCACUUUUUGGGGUAGCAAGGAGAGCAAGUUUUACAGUUUCAUCCUUCAUGUCAAAACCCCUGAUCAACAUGGAUGGUUCAUCAAAAGAAGAUAUUCUGAGUUUACCCAGCUUUAUAAGGAUUUGAAAGCUUCUUUCCCUGCCUCUCAUAUUCCAGAUUUACCUUCGAAGGACAAGCAUGAAGUGGAAAUGAAUUUGGAUGAUGACCCAAACACUAGUUCGAGCCUCAAAAAUACUGUUAACUCUGCUGUCAUGCACAAUUUUGAUUCCGAUAUGAUAGAUAUAGAUAAAGAGAGCGUUGAUUCGUUGUUUGCGAAUUCAAUUGACUCACCAAAAAUGCCAAUGUCUCCAAGCUCCCCAUCACAUAACUAUUUCAGCGACUCCAACGCGGAUUCUAUUAACUCUGAAAUUACUGGUGACACAAAUGCGUCUAGUUCUAGCGGUGGCCUGAUGAAAGGAUCAAAGCUAUCCGUUCCAGGUUUUGCGAAGCCAAACUUCUUGAAGUCACCAAUCACGUCCCCUCUUUUGUCUCCAAAGAAAGCUGGUAGCGGAUUGUCCAAUAAAAAUGUCAACAAAGUCGAGAAAUCAUUUUUCAAUACCUUCAAAAAAUCUGCAUGGUCUUCGACUUCUUCUUCCUCAUCUUUAGUUUCACCUAUAUCUACUUCAGAAGAUCUCUCUAGUGGAUUGGGUAUCUCGUCGUCAUCUAAUCAUGAGUCACAUAAACGUGACGCGUCGAUAAAUAGUAAUAUCUCCAACGGUUCAGUCGAGUCAGCAGAGUCAAUAAAAACUUAUCACUCUGCUCACACAGCAGAUAACGAAGAUUUAUCUGUAGGAAUGACCAAAAUGACCAUUAAGGAGGAUAAAAUUGUGUUUCCACGUGAAAUAUUACGUCAGACUCUUCGUGGCUUUUUGAAGUAUGUCCUCUACAUUAACGUUUGUGCUAAAUCUGCCGAAGUUGCUAAAUUUCUUGGAGAUGAAUCUCGCAUUGUUCCAUUGACUACCAAAGACAUUCGUGAUAUACAAAAUCGGAUCAAUAUCGAUCAUUUACGUACUGUCCAGCACUAUAAAUUUCAAUCAGCUCUAGUUGGCAUUGUUACGGUUCUCGAAAAAGAUGUUGAGAAUUUAAAAACCCAAAUUUAUAAUGAAGGUUUUAGUUACAUUUUUGCAAGAAUCAAGCAUUUCAAGACUUUACAUGAAUUGUGUGGAUAUGGUUCCAACGACAGUUCCAGAUCUUGGCUUAAAACAGCUAAUUUGGUUGGUGCAGCCUCUGUCUCAAAUCAAGAGCCUGUAGAGUCCUCCGAUCCCGACGAUGCUGCUGCUCCAUUGCGUGGUCUGGUUCGAAUAAUAUUGUUGGAAAUUGCCAGCACACAGUAUGAGCUUUUGAUUGGAAGUGAUAGUGCUUUGGGUACGCUCAAGACCAUCAAGAGACUGCAUUCUGUUUUUCCUUACAGAUUAAUUGCAGGUAUCUUGCGUUUUACUAACCCUUUGAUGAUGGUUAAAAGAAUGAUUGAUGUUUUUACCUACCAAAUGCCAACCGUUCCAGGUAUGUCAGGAGGUGUCAGUGCGAUUGGUAGUGGUAUUGGUGGUAUGAUGCAAGGGCUAGGCUGGAGCAAAAAGAAGAAGGAUGCGGAUACGGAGAAAGAGGCAUUUGCAGAUGAGCUGAACCAUAGCAGCAGUAACUCAUCUAAAAAGGGUAGAUCACUACUUCAAUUGAUAUUCUCUGGAAUGCUUGGAGAAGAUUUACGUAAACUUGAGAAGGAGCUGAUAGAAGUGCAUGAUUUACUGGUUUCGCACGACAACACAGGUAAAGAAUACGGCGCAGGGGAGACCAUUGUUCAGCGCAUUGAUAAGUACUUUCAGAGUGACGAUUUGAUUGUUUUGCAUAUCAAAGAGAUGAGCCAAUCACUCGGUAUCGACAUUCCUACUGCUAUUCUUAUGCCAAACAAUGGGUUGCCGGACUGUGAUGACUUAGGAUCGGAAACUAUCAAUAGCAUUCUUCAGGAUUAUUCUACGGUAAAGAAAGCCGAAAUUGAGGAAACGAUGAAGCAGAAGGUUGCAGGUCUUAAAGAGAAGAAGAAUGAAGAGGCAGAUGGGAAGAAAAACCCAGUGCAUGAAAAGGUAGCUGAAACUGAAUUGAACUCUCCAUACAAUCUGGCUAAAAGGUAUUUCUUUUUACAGCUGAGGAAAUACGAUAAAGAGAGUUUGAUGGAGUUGUGGAAUGAGCCGGAACUAAUGAGUGUCAUCAAGGAGGUUAUUGCAUUAUUCUUGUCGCCAUUGAUAGAUCUGUUCAAGAAAGCUGAGGUGUACAAGUACGUGCCAAUUUUUGCUCGUUAUAUUGGCGAGUUGAUCGAAGUAUGUGAAGUGUAUGCGAGCGACUACGGACAGUUUGGACGGAGUGAUGUUGUUGGAGCUUUGGUUGGCCUUGAGGAGAAGUACUCGGAGGACGUGUACCGGUUCAUCAGAGACAUGUAUUUGAACGACAUCAAGAGCGGCCAGGAGAGCGGCCAGGGUGAGCUAUUUGAGGGCAUUGUGAACUGGUUGAACGGGGUGGUGAGCUUCUUGCGGUUUGUGAAGAAGGAGCGGCCCGACCUGAUGAUCGACUUGAACGAGAUGUUGAACGGCAUGGACUUGGGCCAGAGCGACAAGUUGAACAUCUUGAAGGUGAUCGGCGAGGUGGUGGCCAAGGCGGAGAAGAAGCGGGCUGUGCUGGAGAAGAUGGAGGCGGACGGCGACCUCCAGAAGCUGAACGUGGAGAAGGAGAGACGUCACGACUGGAUGAAGAUGGCCCGGGACCGAAAGGUGGACGGGAAGUGGGAUGCGAUCCACGACCGGGUGUUCAAGGUCGGUGAGCAGAUUGCCGGCGAGAGCGAGGGCGGGAUCUACGACGCGGUGGGUCUGGACGGUGUCGACGGGGCAGACGACCUUGACACCGACAGCGAUGCCGACAGUAACGAAUUUGAUGACCAUAACGAGAACACGGCCGGCCCACGGAGGCCGGCCCACACAAGGACGAGGUUUCGGGACUACGCUUGGAACGCCGGUGAGUUUCUCGCCGGCUACUACAGUCACGACUGGAGCAGGGUCGACCGCAACCUGCUCCACACGGCGUACGGCGGCAACGAAUUCAUGGACGGCACGGAAUGCGGUGCCCGCAUCGCCGGUGUGUUCAGAGACCGUGUCCAGGCCGUCCUCGCGGAGUACGACGCCCGCCAGCGUGCCCAGUGA